AUGCCUUCUCCACGGACCGGAUCGUCGGGAAGUGCUCCAGGAUCGCCUGGAGGAAAGUCAGCGCCUGUUCCUCCUGCUAUCGUUCAUCACCACUCUUCUUCCAGUUCUGCUUCAUCUGCUUCUACCGUCAAGACAUCUUCGCCUUUGAAUCCUGCGCAUACCCUGUCUCAGUCACCGCAAUCGACGCCUCCAUCUAAACCUAUCAUACUCGGGCCAUCGCAUAGCGAUCCUCCGAGCUAUGAAUCCACUCCCAAGUCUAGGCCCCGUGUUUCGUCCACUUCCAGUGUCCCUCGAGGACGCGGCCCUUCCCCUCUGCGCGAGGCGGCGGCUUCCAACGCACUCCAGAUCACUCGCGUUACGUCGAAUCCAUUGCCGGACUCCGUACCGGAUGCCGGUGCUAUUACCCCGCGCGCAUUAGGCCUGAGCUCUUUUCGGUCGCGCUCGCGGUCCACCUCCACGUCCAAACCUCGAGACCAAUCCCCAGAGGCCGCCACAGUGGUCGGCGAAGAUCUUCGUGCGUCCGUUCUGACUCCCGUGCACGCCUGGUGGCAUGAGAAGUUUCACCCGACCUCGCGACCGUGGUCCGAAGGUCCGAAGCGAAAGAAGACGGUGCCUCCAGAGCAGACCGAGAACUACCUGCAUACCAAGGAGCGUGUCAUCGAGGCGACAGCAUCUGUUCUGGGAGCAGCUGCCCGCGUCACUCAUGAAGCUUUGUUUAUCGGAGUCGACUUCCUCAAAUUUGCACCCGUGCCGGCGUUGGAGGUCGCCGGCGUGGUUCUUCUGAACAUCUGGGAGGCGGUCGAGAUGAUCGAGAUGAACCGUUUGGCUUGUCUUCGACUCACGGAACGCUGUGCGGAGACAUUGAUCUCAGUCCGUGAGGAGAUACAGCUCGCAGGCGUGGCCACUGCUACCGAACUUGAAGAGCCCAUCAACAAGCUGCAGAACGCCUUCCGAGAGGUCCAUGUCUUCUUGCAAAGACAGGCACAUCGUCCCUUCCUACAUCGCUACCUGAAGCGGGACGAGAUUCAACGAAGCAUAAGCCAUUGCGACGCGUCUCUCAAUGAUGCUCUUGACAUGUUCAGCCUCAGGGUCCAAAUUCGCACCCUCAAACUCGUACAGGCGAACGAAGCCCGUCGCGUGGAAGAUAAAGAGAUGAUCCUCGACUCUCUGGGAUCUCUCAGAUUGAAUAACCUUCCCUCCGUCGAUGGCCGUCCGCUUCCCCCGGGAACGUCGACCGUAACUCUCACGCCCGCCCCCGCCGCGCCAGACGUCGAUUACCUGAAAGAUCCGCAAGAGGUUCAGAAGCUUUUGCACGACUACAGACGCGAACAAAACAACCGCGAUCGCGCGAACGAUCUGGCGGACUUGCGGCAGCUUAUGCGGACAGCUCUGCAGACGAACAACGACGCGACGAUGAUCGAUGUCCUACAGAUUGCUCGCGACGAGAUGCCCGAGGCCAUCAAGACACUUCAACGUGCGCUAGAGCGGGAGGUUGAACGAGAGCGCUAUUCGACGUCAUCGGACAGCUCGAGCUCCUCCCCCGAAUCUGAGGCUUCGCCUAUCUAUAGGGCUCGAGGUCGUGCCACGCGCGCUGCAUCCAUCAAUCUGGCCUCCUUAUCUCAGCAAAGAGCGAGCGUGGAGUCGUCUGAGGUGGUGACGAGCAGCGAGAUCAGUGCCCCACCCAUACUGGACACGCUGGACCGAGAGUUCAUCGAGACUGGUAUCGAUGCUCUGCGCCGCCUGAGUCAAGGGACAGAUCUCGCAGUGCCGAACUGGACGAUCACCCGCUACGAGGUUGAGCUGGACGAGAAGAUCGGCAUCGGUUUCUUCAGCGACGUUUACAAGGGCCAAUGGCACGGUCAUACCGUUGCUAUCAAGGUGCUCGCGGAAACCACGCCACGUCAACUCUUUGUGCACGAGAUUGGUAUCUGGAAGAAGCUCGACCAUCCGAACGUCAUUGAGCUGCUUGGUGCUAGCUCGGCUACCUCCGAUCCACCUUGGUUCCUCGUCAGCCCCUACUACCGCAAUGGCAACUUGGUUCAGUACCUGAGAACCUUGGCGCCGGACGCUCCAGUCGACAUGCUUAAGAUGAUGCAUCAGAUUACGAAGGGAAUGUCGUAUCUGCACAGCAAGGGAAUCCUACACGGUGACCUCAAAGGCGCCAACGUUCUUGUGGACGACCGCCUGCACUGCAUCAUCUCGGACUUCGGUCAGAGCGAGAUGAAGUCUGAAGUCUUCCGUCUCAGUCGCCAGCCAGUACCUCAUGGUACGCUCAGAUGGCAAUCCCCGGAGCUUAUGAGGGGCGCCAUUGACGGUCUUACGACUGGCGUCGAUGUGUAUGCCUUCGGGAUCCUAUGCGUGGAGAUCCUCAACAGAGGCGCACUGCCUUGGCCCAUCGCGGACGACGAAGCCGUUCGACGCUUUGUCAUCGAAGAUAACAAGCGGCCAAGUUUGCCGCUGACUCCCAUAGCUCAAGGUCCUCUGGGAAACAUUAUACAAUCUGCAUGGAGCCGUGAUCCCCGUCUCCGACCGUCCUUCUACAAGAUCGAGCGUGACUUGAGAUCUCUGCGGCAUCGGACUGGAGCCGCGCCCGACUCGCCGCGCCCUCCUUCCAUGGCCAUGCUUAUCGAGGAGGAGGACAACGCGCAUUCACAACAGUCUCCAGACAUGCGCCCGACAGAGCUUCCGAGUACCUCUCAGACACACGACGACUUAUACGGAUCUCUGCCGUCUGAUACCACGGGCUACGAGACCGCUACAAGUCAACUCAAUGAGCGGUCAUCGACCGUGGGACUUCUAUCGCGACGGUCGUCUAUAGCCACGGUCACGACCACUGCCACAACAACAGAGACCACAAGCGACUCUCUUCAUGACAGUGUUGUGCUACAUGAGAGCAUGCUCGAUUCUGGCUACCUUUCCCCGCCAGACCCAAAUAGCACCGCGUCAGAGUUCAUGAACGAGCGCCGCUACCGGAUGCUACUGCAGCACGAUUAUCACACGACGCUUACUCUCCCGCUGUGGACACCUGCCCAAGUCCGCCUCGGCGCUGUUGGCUAUCUCUCAAAGCCCGAAGGAAGUUUCGUGACGCUCUUCAACUGCAUGGACAGGCUCGCGCCCGAUGGCUCGUCGGUGGACUUCCCAAGCUUGUCGGGCUAUGGGCGUGUCGCGACCAACUCGACGCGCUUUGAGAAGCGCAAUGCGGCCGAGCGCGGCAUCGACCUCAUCCGCAGCUUCCUAUCCAGCAAGCGCAAGCUCGACGAUGGAUCGUUGGCGCCUGCUGUGAGCCGCACGCAGUCGUUCCAGCUACGAGCAGGUCACAAGGUUGCGCACCUAUACGCCGAGUCGACCGUGUACCGCUACAUGGAAGACCUUCGCAUCCCAAAGCAAUGGUUUGAAGCCAACGUCGACGGGAUUCUGGCCAAGUAUGGGCGCGACCAUAAGCUCACGCGCGGAGACGUUUUCCUUGUCAUUGGAACGCUAGAGGCCCAGGACUACGCGAUGUUCGUCAGCCAUACACACCCCGAUGGCCAGAUCAACUUCGACGUCUUUUCCGGUACUCGGCCGGGCGAGCCGUGGGGCGAAUUCGUGCCUACUACUGCCGCUGGACCAUCCCCCGCGCUCACCGGUCCGGUAUACGAUGGCGAGGGGAUGGGUACCAUGCGAUGGGCGCACAAGACCUCUCGCUCGAAAGGCUCUCUAUCGACGGAGAGAUGGGACUCGGUGCUGCUGGCGAGACUACGCUUCAAGCCUGACGCGGCCGAGCCGACCCGUUUGUGA